GACUGCGCUCAUUAACAGGCAAGGAGCGGACAGGGGAGCAGCUGAGCUCUCCGGGGCCAUGGAGUAGUACUGCAGGAACGGAAAAAAAAAAAGAAAAACAACAACGAUAAUAAUAAUACCAGUAUUUAUCGUUAGAAUAAAAUAAAUCAGCUUCUUGCCCGAAAGCUGACAUGUUCAAGCGCAGAAGAAACUAAAAUAUUCGCCCCGACAAAAAAUACCAGGGUUUUGUCGGUGACACCAGAAGGUUGGAUUGAAUCUGCCUCACAAACUCGUCCAAGAUGUCCACGGAGGAGAUGCGCGCGGAGAUCGCGCGCUUGACCAACGAGCUGCACGAGACCACGCGCGAGAAGAUCCAGGCGGCUGAGUACGGGCUCGCGGUGCUGGAGGAGAAGCAGGCGCUCAAGCAGCAGUACGACGAGCUCGAGGGAGAGUAUGACAGCGUCCGACAAGAGCUGGACCAGCUUAGAGAGGCGUUUGGACAGGCUCAUUCCAACCAGAGGAAGGUGGCGGCUGAUGGUGAGAGUCGGGAGGAAUCUCUGCUCCAGGAGUCAGCAUGUAAGGAAGCGUACUAUGAGCAGCGCAUGCAGGAGCUACAGACCGAGCUCAGACAGGCACGCAAUUCCCUGACCAACACACAGUCAGAGAACGAGCGCCUGUCUACCAUCGCCCAGGAGCUCAGGGAGAACAGUCAGGUGGUCGAGCUGCAGAGGUCCCGACUCCGUGAUGACAUCAAGGAGUACAAAUUCCGUGAAGCUCGUCUGCUGCAGGACUACAGCGAGCUGGAGGAGGAAAACAUUGCUCUGCAGAAACAUGUGUCUGUGCUUAAACAGAGCCAGGUGGAGUUUGAGGGCCUGAAGCAUGAGAUUCGCCGUCUGGAGGAAGACACGCAGUUCCUAAACAGUCAGUUGGAGGAUGCCUUGCGUCUGAAGGAGAUAGCUGAGAGACAACUAGGAGAAGCUUUGGAAACCAUCAAGACCGAGAGGGAGCAGAAGGCAACUAUGAGGAAGGAACUGUCUCAGUACAUGAACAUCGGCGACUCCAUGUACCACAAUUCCUUGAGCAUCUCUCUGGAUGGGUUGAAGUUUAGCGAGGAUGUGAUGAUCGAGCCCAACAACGACGACCCCAUACACGGCUACGAAAACGGCUUUGACAAGAUCCCUGAUGCCGAAGACAACCGGAUGUCCACGCCCAAAAAGAGCCAGUUGUUCCAUCCGGCCCCCAGCCUCGUGGACGACUUGCUGAGUGAACUCAACAUCUGUGAAAUCCAGAAGCUUAAACAACAGCUUGUGCAGGUGGAGCGGGAGAAGGGGACGUUGCUGUCUACGCUGCAGGACUCACAAAAGCUGCUGGAGCAGGCCAAUGGCGCUCUGUCCGAUGAGCAUGAGAAGGUAAGCCGUCUUACUGAGAAUCUGAACGCCAUGCGCAAGCUUCAUGCCAGCAAGGAGCGCCAGUCAGCGCUGGACAACGAGAAGGAACGUGACAGCAAUGAGGACAGUGACUACUAUGAGGUGGACAUCAACGGGCCUGAGAUCCUGGAGUGCAAAUACAAGGUUGCUGUUUCCGAGGCUGGUCACCUAAAGGAAGAACUGAAAACCCUGAAGUCUGAAUACUCUACCUGCCGGUCAGAGCUUGAGGGGGAGAGAAGCCGAUUGGAGAGCCAGGUGGCGUCACUCCGGUCUGAGCUGAGCACCCUGGAGUGCAGCAGCCGCGCAGAGCGUGAGCAGCUGGCACGGAUGGAGAAAGAACUACGUCGGGCCAGUGAGGCAGCUGGCGAGAGCCAGGGAAGCCUGAGCGUGGCACAAGAUGAGCUGGCCACGUUUAGCGAGGAGCUCGCCAACCUUUACCACCACGUCUGCAUGUGCAACAAUGAGACGCCCAACCGUGUCAUGCUCGACUUCUACCGUGAGGGCAAAGCUAACGCUGGCACCAACAGCAACAAUCGGGGCAGCCCCGAGGGCCGUGGCCGUCGUUCACCCAUCCUGCUGACACGAGGCCUCUUCCCCACCCCUGAGGCAGAAUCUCCGUCCCCUGUCUCUUCCCCAGUAGCUGACCCACGCAAGGAACCAAUGAACAUCUACAACUUGGUGGCCAUCAUCCGUGACCAGAUCAGACACCUGCAGCUGGCCGUGGACCGCAGCACAGAGCUGUCUCGUCAGCGCCUGGCCUCUGCCGAGCUCGUUCCCACCGCUGACCGCGACCACGACGCCACUGUGGAAGAGAUCCUCAAGCUUAAGUCUCUUCUCAGCACCAAGAGAGAGCAGAUCGCCACUUUGAGAACUGUCCUGAAAGCCAACAAGCAGACUGCUGAGGUAGCGCUGGCAAACCUGAAGAGCAAAUACGAGAACGAGAAGGCCAUGGUGACUGAGACGAUGAUGAAGCUUCGCAAUGAGCUCAAAGCCCUGAAGGAGGAUGCUGCCACCUUCUCCUCCCUUAGAGCCAUGUUUGCCACACGCUGUGACGAGUAUGUCACCCAACUGGACGAGAUGCAGAGGCAGCUGGCAGCAGCCGAGGAUGAGAAGAAGACCCUGAACUCGCUCCUGCGCAUGGCCAUUCAGCAGAAGCUGGCUCUCACGCAGCGUCUAGAAGAUCUCGAGUUCGACCACGAGCAGACUCGCCGGAGCGGAGCCAACAGCAGGUCCAAGUCAGGCUCGUCCCGGGCGAAGGCCGCUCACAACUCUGCACAGUCGCAUGUAAGUCCAUCCCUCACUGCCACCUGCGGUGGGCGCGGUGAGCCCAACGGCCUCCUGGGAACGCCGGUUGUGUUCUGCAGCGAAAAGUACAAGAUCUACUGCGACUAAAAGUGUUGUGUGGCAUGUUUUUAAACAGCGCUGAUCAAUGUACAAAGCCCCACUUACAUGUGCUCUCUCGCUCGCUCUUUGCUCUAUGGUAUGGUGUAUAAGUUAUCUUUAUGCCUUAUUUUGAUGUCUACCAGUGUGACAGUAGCUAGGUGAAAGAUGGCUCAUAGGAUAGCUGCCGUUCAUGUGUUUCCCAGAGGGCAGUUUGCUUCCUUCUGUACUCAAGGUGCUGUAUUUUCUGUGGCAGCUCCAUAUAGAGGAGCAUAUGUUAGCACGCAUGUGGUGUUCCUGACCACUAGUAACCUAAUGGCAUUGUGUUGUGCGUUCGUGGCGUAUACCUAGCUGCCGUCUACACCUCGGUAGAUCUCUUUUUCCCGUUUUCCCUUCUCUCUAUCACCACCUCCUGCCCUUUUAUUCCCUCUCUCUCCUGCCGCAAAAACCAUUUUUGGACACGUUGCAGCCCGUUCUCUAAUCAGGUAACUAAUGUUUACAUUGUAUACGUAUAUAAAUAUUUUAAUAUGCAAAUCCUCCACUUCUGAUAGUAGUGGAGGACCACUGGUGUUCUAAAGUAGAAAAAAAAAAAGUGAAAACAAAACAACGGGCUCCCAAAAAAAUUUAUGAGAGGUUUCUGCUCUGUCUUUACUCAAUGGUUGUGGGCAGGAGUGGGAUGUUAUUAGUAUUUAUUUCAAGUUUUUAGCCAAGACCCAAAUAGCUAAUUGUUUGCAUGCAAUUUGCUACUGUAGAUUCUUGGCUGCAAAAAAAGAAAAAAAAAGAAAAGAAAAAAUGUAUACUACAUAUUGUACUGUCCACCUCGAGCACACGUUAAAAACAGGGCUCUACGUGAGGAGAUAAUUAUUCUUUCUCUUUCUCUCUACAUAAAUCCAUCCAAAAAUGAAGAGAGUACUUCAUAGCCAUAACACUGGAGCAUAAAAGAGGAGGGAAAAAUCAGCUCCCUCUCUCAAAUUCAAGUGCACUUCUGCUAAGGAAUUCAGGUUCCAUGGUUUGCCAAAAAAAAGGCAGAUUUUGAUUAAUUGGUAAGAAAAAUUAAUAACAAAUAAAAAUAGCACCUUUUGAUGGGUGGUGAUUCAACUUGAAAGAGCACAACACGCAAGGCACAUUCUUUUACGAUGCAGAAAAGUGACAAAAACAUCACCUUUGGAAAAGUGCCUGUUUUUUGCUUUUUAUGGCAUCUGUUCAUUUCUCAGUGUAAAGCCCUGUCCUUUGUGUCUGACAGCUAGUCGUCAUUCUGCUUGUGUGUAAGUGUAUAUUGGCAUGUGUGUGUGAGAGUAAAUCCUCUCAUAUCAGAUGCCUUUCCCUUGCUCUUCUCCUACUGCAUUUUCAGCAGCUUGCUCCCUCUGCCUCAACACUUUUCCCUUAAUUACGCCUCUCAUAACGUAGUCAUAUCGCGAUGCACGCUCCUCUUACAUGAGUUUCAGUAACGCGCUGAAGUCCCAUGUUGAAGAAACAAACCAGCCGUGUUAAGUGUUCUGGUUUGUGAUGCGCAAGCUGAAUAUUUCCAUGGCACUACAUCACUACUAGUAGUUUAGUGAAAGAAACAAUAAAGCUUUAAAAUAGCAAGCUAAUGCUAGGGAAAUAAUAAUAAUAAAAAAAAGAGUGUGGGGUUUGUAGUUAUCUUAAACUUAUGCUGAUGAUGAAAAUGAAUUUUUUAGCUUUAUUAGCCUAAAAGCAGGGUUGAGGACAGAUGAGAAAGUAUAAAUGAUUAGGAAUUAUAUAUUCAUUAAUAAAGGAAUACUAUUCAGGUAAAAAGAAAAAAAAAAAAACCCUCCCAGGCCAGCUUCCUCCUACCCAGAGGAAAUGCACGUGUGUAAGUUUGUGUGUGUACGAAUCUGUGGAAGAUGUGAAGACCUCAGUCCUCAACUCUGCUUCUGCCUGUGCUGCAUUUAAAGCCCUUGCUAGGCCUUUAGAUAACGUACUGUAUCGAAGCUAUCGCUCGCGUCUUUUCUCACAAUCUCAUGUGAACACACAGCUUGGAUCUGACCACUCUUUUAAGUUCCUUCAUGCAUUUUAGAAGCUACAACAGAAGGAUUAAGAUCUGUUGGACUUUUUAAAACAUUUUAUGACACAAGCAAAGGUUAGGUAGUUUAGAAAUAAAAAGAAAUAAAUGGGCGAAAAUAGUGAAUUAAUGUUUAAAAUGUGAUAUUUUUUUUAUACACUCAAAUACCAUUUAUUCAGAUUACAGUAUGUUUUUUUUUUUUUAUUUAUUGUCCAUGGAGUGUUCUGUUUUGAGUCUGAGGAACUUAUUCCUACAAAUCCGGUUCCUUAUUGUCUGGCUCAGCAUUAAAACACACACCUGUCUUUCUACUAAAAUGCAUGCGACCUCUUCUGUAAUGCUUUUUGCAAGACAGGUAGAAUCUUAACAGGAGCUGGGCGGGGUUUUAAUACUUGUGAGCCAGUGGCUUUCCUACACAGUGGUUUUCUGGUGACUAACCUGUUAAUACUAUUGCUGCUUAUUUACUUUGGGUGACCAAUUAGACUUUUUCAUUUGAUCUCUGCAGUUCUUGCGAUCAUUUAAUUUAAAAUUUUAAAUGAUUUACUCAAACAAUUUUAAACUCAACAUUCUAAUAUCCAUUAUUUCUUUUUGAUUUUGCAGUUAAGUUCAGCUCCUAGCUGAGUGGGGAAACUCACCAUUCCAUCAUGCUGAUUAACUGGUUCUGCUUUUAGACCAAAGGAAAUCCACUAGGAGACUAAAAUAUCUGAUUUUUUUUUUUUACACAAUUUCCACACUUAAUUCUUACAGGAAAUAUUUGACAACUGAGUACGAACUAGCUUAACAUGGUUAGAUGUUAUCUAAAUAUGUAUUAAGAUAGGAAUCACCAGGGAACACCUGAUAAGAUAUUAUCAGGAUACCUAGGUGCUGAUUUGAACUUUAUUGCAAUUCUAAAAGUAUCACAAUUUUAUAAAUAUGAUUUAAUGUUUUUUUUUAUUGAUACAAUUCAAUACAAACUUGGCAAAUAAUUUUCUCAUACCAAACAGGAUGCUAUGCUAAAAACUUUAAAGUUCACCACCUGUAUGCUCACACCUUUGACCACCUCAAAUUCAAAUAUACAUAUAAAUAAAAAAAUUACUUUGGGUCCUGUGUGGCCUCACAAAAGAAUCACAAUACACAAUUAAAAUUAAUUAAAAUUUAAUAGGAAGCCGUGGCUUACAAAUCAACCUCGCCCACAAGAGUUCAGACUCUCAGUUUAAACUGAAAAACAAAGAAAUGUGUUAAACAGAAAUGAUUCUAUAACUAGUAGUUAUUUUAUUUUUAUUACUUUAUUUUUUUUUUUUUUGCAAACUCUGCACUUUUAAUAUAGGAAUAUAUUGCUUUUAUCAUUAAUCUAGGGUUAGGUUUGUAGUGCUUUGGAUUGUGAGUCAGUUUAUGUAUACGGUAUUACUACACAUAUAUAUUGGUAGUGAUAGUUUUUUUUUUUUCCUUUUUUUUCUUCUACGUAUAUGCACUCUGUAUGCAAAGAACAAAGAUGUACUCACAUAUCCAGACUACUCACACUGCAAACCAGUCCUAAUUGUAUUCUGUGAAAUGAAUUUAUGAGCAUUUUAUCAUUUAUAUUUUUUAUAGUCACUUGAUCAUUUAUAUAGUUAUUGUUCUUGUUUUUUUUUUUUCAUGUUUGUUCUACUGCCAUAAUCUAAAACAAAAUCCCGGGUGGUCAGAUGCUGGGCUUUUUUGUCUAUUUAUUAUUCUUAGGAAUAGCUCAAAGUGAACAUGGAGAAACUUGAUGAUAUUUUUUGGCUUAACACAGUAAAGCGUCCUGCAAGAAGAAGAAAAUCUACAAGAUUUUUAUUCUUCCAACGGCGCUUUGCUCAAGCUUUCAAAGGAUUGCUGGUUUCACGAAUUCUCUGCAAGCGUUACAAAUGAAAUUCCAAAUUGGAAUGGUCUCAUUCUCUCUUCAUUUAUCGUGCCAAGUCUCGGUACACCGUUUUACAUUUGAUACGAGGAAAAAAAAAAAUCCAAUCAGAAAGAAGAGGAUUGCUCCAAGUGGGGGUGAUUUAAAUAAAAUAAAUCACUUCUACUUUCAUGCCCUCCAUUUGAGUUGGUAUUUUAAUUUCUUUUUUGGUUGGUUGAUUUUUGCUCUUCGUUUUGACCAGUAGUGCCUUUCAUUGUUUCAAGAGAGAAUUAUAGUCUAGGAUUUAGUUUUCGUAGUUGUUUCCCUCUCCUGAAGGCAAGAGGAUUGACCAGGAUUUCUUCCUUCAGAGGAUGAUUAGAAGCAGCAAUAAGUGCAAACGAGACACAAUCAGUUUCAUGAGCGUGUGUUUUGUUAGACAUUAGGUAAGUGAAAUUGCAGGGAAUUCUUGAGAUCAGCGACCCUAUUAACAAAUUCAGGGGUUUUCGCAAAAGGUCUUUUUUUUAAAUCAAGUGAUGGGAAUCUGAAUUAAUCCUAUUUGCCUCAUAAUGAACAAAAAAAUGAGAGACGCUAGACACGGCGUCUGCAGGUGGAGAUUGGUGUGUCUAUAGCUUUGUUUGGUGAAGGUAACGUGUUAUUGAUAGUAUUUUGACAAAUGAGUGAACUCGUGUCCUCUUUUUGUCCAGUUUUUUUUUUUUAUCUUUUUUUUUUUAACAUAUUCUUUAAGCAUUGUGAUUUCAGGAAACAGAAAACAUUUUGCAUCAACAAGCUUAAAUAGUGCCAUGAAAGUCACAAUUGGUUUGUUGAGGCGCAAAAAACCCAAUUAAUGUUUGGGAAGUGAGUUUUUUUUAAAAAAGGUCAAUUAAGUGCAAUUCAGACUGCUGAUAUAUGAAGCAAAUGAGCUUUUCUGUUUGCUGGAAGCGAUAGUGUUGUGUUAUUCAGCUAGCUGAUAACUUUCUACAGUCAUAUUGUGUUCAGUAUUGAUCCGCAAGGAAAGUUUGAUACCUUUAUAUAAAAUAAUAAAUUCAUCCAUAUGUUGGUAUUUAUUUGAAAUAUUUUACAGUACUGUUAUCGAUAAUGUGCAUUAUGAUCGAUUAGUGAUGGAAAACGUCAUAUGCAUGUAAUUCUUCAGCUAUGGAACUUUUACACAGGACGGAAAACAAACCCGCUUAAAACAGGUUCAAAAUGUAAAAAAAAAGUGGGGCUUAAAUUGAUGAUUAAAAGAAAUGUGUUUAGAUAUUAAGUUGAUGUAUUUACCUCUGAACUAAUCCAGAAAAAAGUGUUGUUUUGUUUUCCUGAGAGGGAUACUCGUCUGUGUAAAGGUAGUCAUGCUGGUAAAAAUUUAAUAAAAAGGACUAAAACAUU